CACGCGCACUCAGCUGCACGGCCGUCGUCGUGCCGUCCGGCUCUCGCAGUUUUCCUGGGAGCGGCCGAGCUGACCCCGCCGUCCGAGAUGUCCGAGCUGCCCGCCGACUGCAGUGUCCGGCAGACGGACGCCGCGAAUGGCCACCGCGACGUCCGGCAGGCGGAGGUAGGCGGCGGGAGGCGGGAGCCGGCCCCGGCGCGGCCCGCGGAGCCCGGAGAAGGUCCGGCGGCGGCGGCGGCGGCCGGGGAGGCCCGCGAGGCAGCGGUCGCCCGCGAGCUGGCGGGGCCGGCGGAGGAAGAGGGCGCGCCGGCCAGACCCCGGUCCCGGCCGGCGAACGGCCCGGGCCUGGCUGCGUUGCCGUACCUCCGCCUCCGUCACCCACUUAGUGUUUUAGGAAUUAAUUACCAGCAGUUCCUCCGCCACUACCUGGAACACUACCCGAUCGCUCCGGGCAGAAUCCAGGAGCUGGAAGAACGCCGCAGGAGGUUCGUGGAAGCCUGCCGAGCCCGGGAAGCCGCGUUCGAUGCCGAGUAUCAGCGGAAUCCCCAGAGGAUGGAUUUUGACAUUUUGACAUUUACUAUAGCUCUCACCGCAUCUGAGGUCAUCAAUCCUCUGAUAGAAGAACUUGGCUGUGAUAAGUUUAUCAGUAGGGAAUAGUCUGGUGAUGGAACUGCCUCGAGGAGAGCGGGACUUAAACACCGGUCCUGUCGCGUUUUGAAAAGUCACUGUAUACGGGAUGAGGCCAUAGUUGGGGGAGGGAGGGAAGUUUAUCAUGAAAAAAGCGUCGGGAAAGAGCGAGAAAAGAUUCAAAGCCUCGUGACUCCUCUGACGUUGGGUUUGCGGUUGAUAACAGAUUCUUUGCCCUGCGUGGUGGAAACGUCUCUCAAAAAUUGCUGCCCCAAAACGUGAAGGAGAAGUUUUAUGAACCUGAGACUCGAUGAAGAAAUAUUGCCCGUAAUGGAGCCCGUGGUGAUGAGAGAAAUUGUCAGAUAACUGGUGGUGGGAAUCAGGAGUCACGGCUGAGUUAUCCUGUGGAGAGACUGGAAGCCCACGGAGGGAACUUGAAAUUGUCAGAAUAUGUGCUCCCCUCGCCCGCAGGUUCCACAGAAGGUUUUGUCUAAGUCGAUUUUGUGUUCUCGGAGGCAUUUCAAGUGGCAAACGAUGUAACUGUUGUAUAUAUUACGUGAUAAAUUACGUGUUCAAGAA